AUGAAGAUUAUAAUCAUCGGUGCAGGAAUCAGCGGCUGCGCUGUAUAUCUCCUGCUGAAGAAGCAUCUUCCGGCGGAGGACCACCACUCGUAUAUAAUUUAUGAAGCGUACGAUACCUCACAAAAGUCCUUUCAAGAGCGGACUGCGGAGGACACCCACUCGGCCACUUUGGUGGUUGGAGGAGGCAUUGGCCUGGCGCCCAAUGGCCUGAAUGUACUGAGACGUCUGGAUGAGGACCUAUUCCACGAUGUCGUUCGUUCAGGAUACCCGUAUUCGCGCUUUAAGCUCAAGAGCUCGUUCGGUUGGACGCUGCAAGAAAUUGAUGCCAGAGGCGGCGAUGCCGAUCAUCCAAUUGAAUCGGUAUCCAUGAGCCGACACGCUCUAUGGUCAUGCCUGAAAAACCGGGUUCCUACUGACGCAUUCAUCUGCAAGAAAGUCAAAUGGGUGACUGUCAAUCCCAAUGGGAGACAUGUCGUCCAUUUCGCAGAUGACAGCCCGCCAGAAGAAGCUGACCUAGUGAUCGGGGCGGAUGGCCUGAAGAGCGUCGUCAAGAAGGCGUUAUUCUGUUCUGACCCCAGUUCAGAAGAUCCAUACCCGCCUCAUUACGAGGGUCUCGUCGGCGUGGGCGGGUUUUUCCCUGUAGCCGAAGACAUGAGAAGGACCAUUACCCCCAAGUGCAUGACCAUCGCGUUUGGCGGCCAGGGUUUCUUUGGCUACAGCUACUCCAGCCCGACGGGGGCGAACUACUACUUGUCGUCCCCGCCGCCAUCCCCCGAUGCUCUACUAUGGUGGUCCACGUAUUUCACACCCACAUGCCCGGACCACAAGAGCAUUGAUUCGGACUCGGUGACGGCCCAGCUGCGCGCCCGGCACGCCUCCUGGCCCGACCCCGUCGUGCAGCGCAUCAUCGGCUCCGCACGCGUCGAAUCAAUGUACCCGAUCUGGACGACGCCCGAGCUCCCCGUCUGGGACCGCGAGGGAGUCAUCCUCCUCGGCGACGCGGCGCACGCCUUACCCCCGAACUCGGGCCAGGGUUCCUCGCAGGCCCUCGAGGAUGCAGAGGCUCUCGCCUUGUUUCUUGCCCAUCAUUUACGUGCGCCGCAGACCGAUAGUGCCGAACAACGCGGAAUAUCAGAGAGAGAAGCUGUAAAGCUAGCUACGAAGCAAUAUACCGAUCUGCGCUUUCCUCGCGUCCACGCCGUUGGUCAGGAAGCCAAGCGGAUGAAACAGAGGGAAGCGGGGAUCGGCCUCCUCACGGAACUGAUCAUCUCCUUUUUUAUCUGGGUCAUGGGUCUCUUUUCAUCGGGCCCUCAAAAGCAACUAUACAAUUAUAACAUUGCCGAAGAAGUGGAGAGCGUGCUUUCGAAAUAG